AUGUUCAUAACAUCACUGAUUGUUAUUGGAAUCUUCUGUUCUGUCUCCGAGUCAAGGGACGAUACAGUAUGUUACGGUGACUUGGGCUGCUUUACCAAUGACCCACCAUUUGAUAAUGUCGAUGCACUGCCAGAAGAGCCCGAAGACAUCAACACGGGAUUCUGGUUGUACACCAGACAAAAUCGAGACAGCAAACAAGUGAUUGAUAGAAAAGAUCCUGCGACUUUGCAUAAUUCGUAUUUUGAUGACAGCAAAGACACCAAGUUUAUCAUCCAUGGGUGGUUACACAACGGAGAUAUUGACUGGGUAUCGGAUAUGAAACAUGCAUUGCUGGAUAAGGACGAUCUGAAUGUAAUUCAAGUCGACUGGUCCGACGGAGCAUUCAAAUUGGACUACUUUCAAUGCGUAGCCAACACCAGGGUCGUGGGAGCCGAGACACACGCCCUCAUUGAAAUGAUCCUUGAGGAAACCAGUCUUGCCCUGACUCAGAUACAUUUGAUUGGGCACAGCCUCGGUGCCCACAUAAGUGGAUAUGUUGGAGAAUAUCUGAACAUAUUUCCUGGACGGAUUACAGGUUUAGAUCCAGCUGGUCCAAGAUUUGAAAACGAACAUGUGUUUGUGAGAUUGGAUUCACGGGAUGCAUUUUUUGUUGACGUCAUUCAUACCGAUGCGGAGCCUUUAGUUCCUAAAAUAGGUUUAGGAAUAUGGCAAGAGAGUGGCCACGUUGAUUUCUAUCCAAACGGAGGAAAGGACCAGCCAUCGUGUGAUGGUCUCGUAAAAGAGGUCUGCGAUCACAUGGAGUCUUGCCGCUAUUUCAUUGAAUCUAUCAACAACGUAUGCAAAUUUACCUCGUACAAUUGUGACGGCGAGCUUGGUGAUUGGUCGAAAUGUGCGUCCUCCUGUGACGACAAUCAGUGUAAUUACAUGGGAUACUAUGCACUGAACGAGCCCGAAGGUGUUUUCUACCUUGAAACCAACGAGGAUGAGCCAUUUUGUCAGGGAUGA